UAUUACAACAAAGUAAAUACCGAUAGAGUGGAAAGUUCUGUUCAUAUAUGAUCUUCCAUGAAAGAUAACGACGCCUGUUUGUAAUAAUCAGUUAUGAAAACGCCAUUAGGCUUUUACACUGUGGAAAUGUCAUGCGCGAGACCAGUUUGUCCCUCUGCGGUAGCCGUAACCCGGAAGUCAGCGCCAAUGCGCAAUAAAACAUUCUGUUUGCUGUCAAAAUAAACGAAAUGCUAGCCGAAUGCACGGGCGACGUAGGAGUUUAAAGGUUGUGUUAUCUUUAAACGUUUGUCGUUUGAGUCUAAAAGUAUCAAAUUAGUGCAUAAAAGCGCACUUUGUUGAGUUCGGGUUAGUUGAAAGGCGGCGGUUGUGUACAUGGAGACGUGGGUGAGAUUCAGCGCUCAGAGUCAAGCGAAAGAGCGAGUGUUCAGGGCUGCACAGUAUGCCUGCACUCUGCUCGGAUACACACUGCAGAAAGGAGGAGCUGCAGCUCAACUGUUAACAACCAUCAAGCAGCUGGAAGCUCAUCUGAGUCUCAGCAGAAAACUGAUGCGGUUAGGGAACUCGGCCGAGGCUCUGGAAGCAGCGAAGCGAGCCAUUCACCUCUCCGACUGCGUGCUGCGGCUCUGCAUCACCGUCUCCCAUUUAAACAGAGCCAUGUACUUCGCCUGCGAUAACCUGCUGUGGGCCGGAAAGGCGGGGCUGCUGCCUCGACUCGACCAGAACAAGUGGAGUCAGAGGUCAUUCAGGUAUUACCUGUUUGCGCUGAUCUUGAACCUGAGCCGUGACCUGUACGAGAUGUACGGUUUGAUGGAGCGCGAGCGGCGCAGCACUUCGGCCAAAGCUCAUCUCUCAGGCGCGGUAGAGAACGGCGAGUUCCCCUCCGCCACGUCCUCCUGCGCGUCCGUCUUCGCGGCCAGGCUUCGGCGGCAGCUGUGUCUGCUCGCGGCCGUCCUGCGCAGCAACCCUCCGCUCCUGCUGGACACGCUGAAGAACCUGUGUGACGUCUUCAUCCCGCUGGACAAGCUGGGCCUGUACGCCACCGGGCCGGGGUUCGUCGGGGCGUGCGGUCUCACCUCGUCCGUUCUGUCCAUCCUCACCGUGCUCUACCCCUGGCUCAAACUCAAACCCUAAACCGCCGUUUAAACGUCACGCCAUGAACCAGUGCCGAGUCUGAACUGGGCCUCUGACGGAAUUCCUAGACUGGCCAAUCAAGACGGAGUGUGCUGAUGAUGUCACAACUGUCAGAGGAGAUGGAGAGCAAAAGGAGGCUCUGUGUGUGUGUGUGUGUGUGUGUGUGUGUGUGUGUGUGUGUUUGCUAUACUAUACUAUGAGUUAGGCAUGUGCUGAUAAUCCUAGCGUGUUCACGUGGUAUCAGAACGCCGAUAAUCACAAGGAGAACGCGUUCACGUCUUUAUACGAAUGACGGUGUGUGAAAACACGUGCAGCCGAGAAAAACAAAUCCGCUGUAUGUGUGUUGAACAUCCCGUGUUAUUUCAAUCGUACUACACCGCUCGAUUGGGAAUUCUCCAUUCUGAUUGGUCAGAGGGCGUCGGUCAGUCUUCAGUGACAGCAGCUAGUCCUAACACGUUAUUGUUUCUAUAGUAACGGCGUACACAGGGACGUGUCCACGUAAAACCGGUUUAAAAAAAAGAAAAAGUAGUAUUUUUUGGACGUCUCGAGCGUUAAGCUGUAAGUUUUCCAGCACGGGAACGUCUUCAGGAAAUGGAUUUUUUUGGUAAAGUGAUGUGGUGUAAGAGGAAUUAAAACACUUGAGCUGUUUGUUUGUUUUUUGGGAAGAGAAUCGGCUUCAGGAUGGUAAGAGUAACUCCGCUGCAUCGUGGGUUAUUUUCUUAUAAACCAAGAGUCAUUCCUAAAGUGACGGCGUAAUAAUAAUAUAAUAACAGUGCGGGUUCAUUACAUUUUUAUCUGAAAGAUGUUGCUGGUUUCGACGGUUAGUCUCAGUGAGAAAUACAGGUUCAGUCGUGUAAUAAUAAUAAUAACAAUAAUAAUAAUAAUAAUAAUAAUGAUGAUGAUGAUGAUUAGUGUAAACCAUAUUUAAUUGUGAUACAGAACUGUAAUAUUAGCACAUGCCUACUGUGUAUCUCUUUUGUGUGUGUGUGUAUGUGUGUUUGUAUGAUUGUAUGAUGUGUGUAUGAUUGUGUGUGUAUGAUGUGUAUUGUGUGUGUGUAUGAUUGUGUGUGUAUGAUGUGUGUAUGAUGUGUAUAGUGUGUGUGUGUGUGUGUAUGAUGUGUGUGUGUGUGUGUGUGUAUGAUGUGUGUAUGAUUGUGUGUGUAUGAUGUGUAUAUGAUUGUGUGUGUAUGAUGUGUGUAUGAUUGUGUGUGUAUGAUGUGUAUUGUGUGUGUGUAUGAUUGUGUGUGUAUGAUGUGUGUAUGAUUGUGUGUGUAUGAUGUGUGUAUGAUUGUGUGUGUAUGAUGUGUAUUGUGUGUGUGUAUGAUUGUGUGUGUAUGAUGUGUGUAUGAUGUGUAUAGUGUGUGUGUGUGUGUGUGUAUGAUGUGUGUGUGUGUGUGUGUAUGAUGUGUGUAUGAUUGUGUGUGUGUGUGUGUGUGUGUGUGUGUGUGUGUGUGUGUGUGUGUUUUGGUUUCUCUUUCUCUUAUUCUUCCCCAGCUGACAUUUUUACGCAUCUUUACAAAUGAAAGUUAAUCCCUAACAGUCCAUGUUUAGAUUUCUAGAACGGUGUUAAAUCUCUCACAAGCUCAGAUCUGUACCAAACGCACGUCACUUCACGUCACUUCACGUCACUUCUCUUCAUGCCAGUUGAGAUCCGAAUUUAAUGGAAGUGUGAAUGCGGACAAACUGUGUAACUCUGAAAGGUUACCCUGAACUGGAAGACGAGACGCACCGAAACUGUACUUUAAUCCCUGUACUCCGCCAGUGUUUGUUGACGUGCGACCUCUGCGAAUGUUUGUUGACGUGCGACAGCCCACCGAUUGACUCAUCUUCAGACGAUUAAUCAGAACCGACUGCUGGACCGUUCUGCACUCGAGAGGGUGCGGCAGGUGGGCGUUAUUGUUUUGUAUGCAGCAUGCUGUUAAUGCAACACAUCUAAUCCACUGCAACGUUUCAGCUAAAUUACAGACUGUUUACUGAUGCAUCAUCAGCUACCGACGAAAUGUUUUCCACAACCUCAAGCGUUUUAAAGCCGAAAACGAACACACUUUAUUAAACGUACUAGAGAGUCUGUUCUGAUUUUUAAGGAGCGGGUUUGUAAUUAUUAUUACAGCCCCCUGCUGCCUGUGAGGUGUACUGCAGUUAUAAUAAAAAAAUAAAUAAAAACG